CUUCCCCCUGCUUUCUCACCAUUUCUGGUCUUAAUGAUACUCUCUCUCUUUUCGUACACUUAUCUCUUCCCACAAACCCCUUCUUCCCCCAAUUCCUUUUUUUAUUCCUUCAAUCAAUUUAAUAUGAUUAUUCAUCAAACCCCCACCACCACCACUUCAUUCACUGCUCUACGAAUCCGCCAAAUCUAGGCUACCCUUUUAAACCUUCUUCCAGAUCUUCACUCAACUGGGAUUUCAUCUGCCUGUUCUUCACUUUCAUCCAACACUUUCUUUUAGGCGAUCGCUGACCCAUUUGAUGCGGAUGAUGCUGUGUGAGUGCUACCAUUAGUGGUCUGUUGUUUUCUAUGCUGUCUCAUUUGAGUAGAAGUAUGGGGUUACUCUGUAGCAGAAAUCGUCGUUACAAUAAACAAGAUACUGAAGAGAAUGUGCAGGCUGCUGAAAUAGAGAGGCGGAUUGUUCAAGAAACAGAGGCUGAAAAACAUAUUCAGAAGCUUCUUCUGCUUGGUGCCGGAGAGUCCGGGAAAUCCACCAUUUUUAAGCAGAUAAAAUUGUUGUUCCAAACUGGGUUUGAUGAGGCAGAGCUGAAGAGCUAUAUUCCAGUCAUUCAUGCAAAUGUGUAUCAGACUAUAAAAGUAUUACACGAUGGUUCAAAGGAGCUCGCUCAAAAUGAUAUAGAGUUCUCGAAGUAUGUUUUAUCCAGUGAAAAUAAGGACAUUGGUGAGAAAUUAUCCGACAUUGGCGGUAGAUUGGAUUACCCGCGUUUGACUAGGGAGCAUGCACACGAUAUAGAGACUCUAUGGAACGAUGCUGCAAUUCAGGAAACGUAUGCACGUGGUAACGAACUACAGGUUCCAGAUUGUGCACAUUAUUUCAUGGAAAAUUUGCAGAGAUUAUCUGAUGUAAAUUACAUUCCAACUAAGGAAGACGUGCUCUACGCAAGAGUUCGUACAACGGGUGUUGUCGAAAUCCAGUUUAGUCCCGUUGGAGAAAAUAAAAAGAGCGGAGAAGUGUAUCGACUCUUUGAUGUCGGUGGACAGAGAAACGAGAGGCGGAAAUGGAUUCAUCUUUUCGAAGGUGUUACAGCAGUAAUCUUUUGUGCUGCUAUUAGUGAGUAUGAUCAAACACUUUUCGAGGACGAACAGAAGAACCGAAUGAUGGAGACAAAGGAACUUUUUGAGUGGGUUCUGAAACAAGAGUGUUUUGAGAAAACGUCGUUCAUGCUUUUUCUCAACAAGUUCGAUAUAUUCGAGAAAAAGGUUCUACAAGUCCCUCUUAGUGUGUGUGAAUGGUUCAGAGAUUACCAGCCGGUUUCGACUGGGAAACAAGAGAUCGAGCAUGCCUACGAGUUCGUGAAGAAAAAAUUCGAGGAGUUGUAUUUUCAGACGACGUCACCAGAUCGAGUAGAUCGGGUGUUUAAGGUAUACAGAACGACUGCUCUCGAUCAGAAGCUCGUAAAGAAGACGUUCAAACUCGUAGACGAAACUUUGAGGCGGAGAAACCUGUUGGAGGCCGGGUUAUUGUGACGUUGUGAACACAGCUGAAGAAGAAGGAAGUUGGAAGUUUGAUUCAUUGAUUUAAAACAUUUUUGUAUCAAAGUUGAAAUCUUUUUAACUAUUUGUAAUUUGAUGAUCCAAAUUAUUUUGAAAUUACAUAACAUAUGUUUUUGGAUUCUGUGUA